GAAAUUAUUUAAAUUAAUCGAUUGUAAAUCAUCAUGAAAAAGUAGAUGUGUAUUGUAUCUAAUUACGAUGUAAUUUAUGACAUAACGAGACGUAUCGAGGAUGGGGUCUUUGCCAUAAAUAUUGAGAUUUGAUUGAACUGCGACCACACGAUUGGGAUUUGUCAAGCUUGGAGAAUGGAGUCGCGGUGGAUUGUUAUCUGUCUGGUUCUGCAAUAUGUGUAUGGACAGGGUCCCGGGCAGGGAACAGAUCCCCUGGGGGACUUUAACUUUGAUGCCUUGUUGGCAGAACUCGGCCCUUUACCUGGCGGAUCCUCUCCUGGGAGACAAGGAACUUUAAAAACAUCCUCCCCUGGAAAUUUAGGAUCCGCAAUAUCAGAUAUUUCAAAGCAAACAGGACCAGGAUCCGACUUAAACUUGGAGGCCGCUAUUAAUGACAUUACCAAAGAGCUCGAACAAAACUUCGCAGCGGAUCCUAGUUUACAGGGACUCAUGACUGGCAAUUCUGGAGAUUUCAGUAAUUUUGAUGCUCUUUUCAAAACGUUCGGAAGCGAAGCCACGGGAACCGCCAACGCCAAUGCUCUUGGAAAGACGGGGGGAGGUGCAACACCAUCUGGUAUUUCUUCUGACCUACUGGGGUUUAGUUCGGGAAAUAAUGCCCUACCUGGUGGCCAAUCGUUCUCGACUCCAAACAGUGGAACGGAAGGCAUGACAAUGGCGAAUAUUCUGGGUCAAGAUACUAGUAAUUUCGGUGGUGAUAUUCCCAAAUCCUUAACAGACGCACUGACCAACAUUGGAGGAUCUCAAUCUGCCCCUUCUCAAAACUCUGUUGGAAGAAGUGAAAAUAGCAUAGUUGAGCAAAACAAAGGAAGUAUUCAAGAAAUGUCAUUUCCGAGCAUCAGUGAACUGUCCUCACGUUCCUCCGGAUCGGCGGCGGAUACAAAUGAACUCACCAAUUCCUUUCCGCAUGACCUUUUUACCCAAACAGUGAACUCCCAGCCGGCAUCUCCACAGACAGCUAACACCGGCUCUGCUAGAUCAGACAGCCAAACCAAAAACACUCCCUUUCCUGCCGCCACCUUCGAACAGAGCAGGUCACCCUUCACGGCACAGCUUCCUGAUCUUAACUUCAGUCCGGACGCCAAUAACAAUCUCAUACAGCCGGAUAAUCGCGGAGCUGGACGAGACAUUUUUGCUCAAAGCAGACCGCCCGUACCCUCUCAAAUUCCAGAUUUUGACAGCAGAAACAGUUUUGUUUUACCUGAUAAUUCUGAACAACAGACGCCACCUUCUCAAACCAAGAAAUUGCAAAAUUUGUCACCUUCUGAGCUUCGUCGUGCGCUUGCGGAAGUAAAUAAAGAAAUAGACAAACUUUCCGCUCCUCUGCAGAACAGACAAAAUCCCGGAACACCGAAUGAACCAGCACGGAUGAGGAGUUCUAGGUCGCAGGGUGGACUCGAAUUAGGUUCAAUCGCCCAGCGGUUUACCGGAAGAACAGGAGCAGAUACAUCAUUUACGAAUGCUUUUGAAUUACCACAGUCAAGAUCCCCCUCCCCUGUUGGUUUGGCAGGUUCGACACCAUCUGCAGAAUCAGCGGCGCAGGACCCUCGUGGACCAGAAGGACAACAGUUCGUUUCAGGGGUUUCUCCUCAGAUUGACCCCUUGAAUGCUAUUCAGAGUGUGGGAGAAGGAAUACCGCUUGGAGUACCCCCCGCGAUACAAAGAUUUCCGGGAAAUUUCGGCAAUCAAUUUAUCGGUCAGGGUGUUCCAAUCCCCGGACGAGGUGGGGGGUUCCAGAAUCCGCUGACCCCUAGCUUUAUACAGAACCGAGGACUUCCAGGUGGUGUUCAAACGAAUCUCCCACCUAACUUUAUCAAUCCAAAUCGGUUAGAUAUCCCGGGAGGAAGAUUACCAAGGGGGCCCUUAAGGUCAGGCUUACCUGGCCGGAUAUUCAAUGUGCCAAAUACUGGUUCUGUAGAAAGAAGCAAUCGAGGAUUUAACGAACGAGAAUUCCAGUUUGGUCAAACUAGAGGACGCGAUUUAUCGCCAGAUAACCGUAUUCUGCGAGGAAGAGUUCCAGGCAACAGACAGCAACGCCCACGAAAUCCACCUCGUGAAAGGCAAGGCGGGAACAGGUCUCUUAACAGAGAUGUCAAUAGUAUACUUAACUCGGUAAGAGAACAGAGAUCACGUGAUAGAAAUCCAUUCGACUUCCGUCUCACGAGACAUUCUUCUGAUAGUUCAAGAAGACGAUCGACUGAUUCACGUGGGAGAAGGAGAUUACGAUUGAAUGGCGUGACGAUCAGACAACAUCGUCCAUCAGAUCGAGACAGACAUCGGAGAAGACAGAGAGGACGCAGUUCUCCUUCCGCUCGGAGACAGAACUUCCGGUUAUGGUGGUCAUAGUUCUGUAUAGCAGAAGACAAUUGGUGUGAUUGGUGUAUGUGUGUGGAUGGGUUCUCAUAUUCUAAUAUUUUUUGUUAUUGUAUGUGUUACUUUUUUAUAUUAAAUAUAUUUGAAAUAUA